AUAGAUAAUCUAAAAUGAAGUAUUAACUAAUUAUAAGCUGAAACGCCACCGUUGCCGCACUUUUUAAUUGUUAUUAGUGCAAGUGUUUUUUUAAACAUCGCGAAAUUGUUAAUGAGUCUUGAAUUGAACUCUAUGCAACAAUGCAAGUGUUAAAUAAUCAAAUGUCUAUAGUCUAUAAAAAGUUGUAAUAGAAAAAGUAUUGCAAUUGCUAAAACAAAAUAUCAGCAAAUAGAGCAAAGCUUAAAAGGUUCAUUAAUAUGGCAGUGCAGCUGAAUAAUUCUUACCACCAUUUACCUCUCACCAUUACGCCGAUUAUGUGUCAGUCGCUCCUGGUACCAGCACCCAAGCCAGUGCCGCCGAAGCCCCAGCCACCGGACUUGACGUUUCAUUGCAAUUGCUGUGCCGAGUUCUUCGUGCAUCCGGUGGCGUUGUAUCAGCACAUGAAUGAGAAGCAUGCAGAUGGCGCGUCGGGACAGCAACAGGCAAAGGACGAACUUGAUGAAGAUGACGAAAAGGACUACAGCUGGAUAUUUGAGCCGGUUUGCGAGCUGGAGGUUGCUGCGGAUAUGGAACUAAGCCAGAGGGAUGUAGUCAGCGAUGAUAGUGAUGAGAGCGAAUCCAGUGGAAAUUCCGACGACGAUGAUGAUAAUAACGACGACGAUAGCGACGAUGAUAGCAGCAGCUCAAGCUCCAGUAGCAGCAGCAGUAGCAGCACAACUACCAUGCCCACCACCACCAAUUCGAAUACGCAAGAGAGCCAAAACAUUGGAUUGGAUCACAUGGAUAACGGCGCCUAUGUGGAGGUGGAAUCAACCCAUCCAAUGCGCGGUCUACGCAUUGGUCCGAGACCUAAUGAAUUUCAGCUACAAACGGCAGAUCCUCAUGAGUCUACAUCAAUUAUUCUGCUACAGCCAUCGAUGAUUUCAUUGGAGUCAACGCCCAUUAAACGCCGGCGUGGUCGUCGCAGCAAGGCCAACGUCACUGGAGAGGGACAGCUAAAUGCUCAGCUCAAUGUGAAUGGACAAAAGUGUUUUCAGUGCACGCACUGCGAAGCGUCAUUUCCCAAUGCUGGAGAUCUGUCGAAGCACGUUCGCUCCCACAUCACGAAUAAACCCUUUCAAUGUUCCAUUUGCCAGAAAACUUUUACACACAUCGGCAGCCUGAACACGCACAUACGUAUCCACAGCGGAGAAAAGCCUUACACCUGUGAACUCUGCCCGAAGGCCUUCACCCAGUCUAGCAGUCUGAUGGUCCACAUGCGAUCGCAUGCGGUGCGAAAGCCCCACCAAUGCACACAAUGCGACAAGGGAUUCAUCAACUACAGUUCGUUGUUGCUGCAUCAGAAGACGCACUCGACGCCAGUGGAGAGUUUUGCGUGUCCGGAGUGCGAGAGGGAAUUCAAGGCGGAGGCCUUGCUAGACGAACAUAUGCGUAUGCAUACCCAGGAGCUGGUAUAUCAGUGUGCCAUCUGUCGGGAGGCUUUCCGCGCUAGUUCUGAGUUGGUGCAACACAUGAAGUGCCACAUGGGCGAGAAACCCUUCACCUGCUCCCUCUGCGAUCGUUCCUUUACCCAGUCCGGCAGUCUUAAUAUACACAUGCGCAUCCACACCGGCGAAAAACCAUUUCAGUGCAAGCUUUGCGACAAAUGUUUUACUCAGGCGUCCAGUCUGAGUGUGCACAUGAAAAUACAUGCGGGCGAGAAACCAUUUCCGUGCCACAUCUGCGGCAAGGCCUACAGUCAACAGGCUUAUCUCAACAAGCAUAUACAGGCCCAUACGACGGUGGAGGCUAUCACAUCACCAACUCUAGUUCCAUUUCUCCCCACACCGCCGCCAACAUCACCCCCCAAGGAGACGCUAGUGUGCAUUGUCUGCGGUUCUUUACAUGCCGAUGCUACAGAUCUGGCGCUUCAUGUAACCCGAGACCAUUCAGCGCUUUUGGACAACAUGAAGCAGGUCUCAAUGCCGCCAGCUCUAGCCCCAGUUGGCAAAUGCAGCGCUGCGGAACGGCAGGCACAACAGCAAGCCUAUAUGCAACGGAUGCAGCUGGUGAUGCAGCAAAUGAAUUCACAGCAGUUGCCGAUAAUGCAGCGACCGCCGGCCAUAGAUUCUGCGGGAGAAGAUGAAGAGAUUGAGGAGGAUGAGGAUGACGAAGAAGAGCAACCGAACAAUGUUGAGGCAGAAAAUGGGAUAGAUAUCGAUGACGAAUUAAUUACUAAUGUUAAAGCUAAUCCCGAUGAACUGGUGGAUAAUAGCGAUAUGUAUUUCGAUAUGCCAGACGACUUUUGUGACAUGGAAGUGGGCUGCGAGGAGGAGGUUUGCGGUGACGAUGACUUUGCUGCCGAGGAAGAAGUCUAUAUGGAGAGCGUUUAAUAUUUAAGCUUAAUUUACAUUUAGACUUAGAGUUCUGUGCAAAUUAUGAAUGCGUAUUCCCUCUGUCGGCCUAUCCUUUGAGCAUAAAUUAUGUUUGCAAAUCACGUGUGCAUAGAUUACAACUUACUAUUAACACAUCUAAAGCAACAUAUUUAUCCCCUCCGCUUAAUAAGCUACCUGUUCCAUUUUAUU